AUGUCUGCUCCCCUUAUUUUCAUCACCGGUGCCACUGGUUUUAUUGGCAGCGCCACCGCGGUCGAGGCUCUGAAGGCGGGAUAUCGACUUCGAAUCGGCGUCCGCAAGAGGUCAGAGAAGCUCGAAGAAGUAUUGUCAAGCUACUUCGACCGGCUGGAAUAUAUCACUAUCCCCGACCUGACUGAUGAAGCUGCCUUUAGAGGCAAGCUUGAUGGAGUGGACUUUGUUCUGCAUUUAGCAUCACCUCUUGCCCGUGGCACAGAUCAGGAUGCGAUUUUCACCCCUGCAGUGGAGGGAACCCUGGCCUUGCUCAAGGAGGCAGCUAAAGCGCCAAGCAUCAAAAAGGUCGUGAUUACUUCGUCCAUCGCGGCGUUGAUUCCUAUUACCGGAGUACCCGAAGGUGGUAUCAUUAAAGAGGAAAACGACUGGAAUUUCAACGUGGACCCAAUGGCCGAUUUCGUUGAUCCUAACAAUCCCGAUGCAACACCGAUGACGUUGUACCGAGCAUCCAAACUGCUUGCAAACAACGCUACCUGGAGAUUUUGGGAAACCGACAAACCACAUUUCUCAUUGGUCACUAUUCAUCCAGCAUUUGUUUUUGGUACCAAUCUCAUGCAAACUUCCGCCCAGGAAGUCCAAACAGGAUCCAACGGAAUUCUCUGGGGUAGUUUGAUGGGGGGCGUUCCGCUCGGCGGUAUUAACGGUGUGCACGUCCAGGAUGUUGCUGAAGCUCAUAUCAAGGCUUUAGACCAGAAGAUUAAGGACGGCUCAAAGUAUCUGCUUUCCGGUCCCCCAACAACUUGGAAAGAAGUGGCCAAGGUGGCACUCAAAGCCUACCCCCAUAUUGGCAUGAAGAUCACUGAGGAGGUUGAAAGUAUUCCUUCCAUGCCUACUGAUACGACCAAAGCAGAGGUUGAGCUUGGAAUGAGAUGGAGAUCAUGGGAUGAGAUGGUGCGUGAUGUGAUAGAUCAGCAGCUGGGCUUCUUGCAAGGCUGA